CUUCGUUUAGGCAUUUCAUGUGAUACAUUGUGUGCUUGCCUCAACAAAUUCCAAAUUAGCUACCCACAAAAAGAUUUGCGACCUAAUCCAAUCUAGAACGGCAUGACAUAAACAAAUUCAACUCAAAUUCCUCAAACUUUAACGACGGCAAAACACCAAGUGGGCUGUGAAACACGCGUUCGUUUGUAUCACCAAGAAUGAGAACAGAAAAAAGUAAUAUUUGUUUUCAAAUGCUAUAAUCUGCAAAUAAAACAAGUGUACUCGAAAUGUAUAAACAAUGACCCCAUUGAAAUCGCACUAAGGCAAGUAGUCCUCUCGCUUUCAAUCGUUUCCUCUGCAUUUAAAGAAAAGUCAAGAUUGGUGGUUUAUUCCACUCUCACUGCUAAUUGGUGGGCUAUUCAAUGAAUCCACCUAAUAACAUUAUUACUCACACCAAAAACAAAUCUUCGUUGAAACAUAAAACUUUUACAUCAUUUUCUAAGUCAAGUCUUCUCAUAGAGACAGAAAAAGACUACUAAUUUACCUCUCGUGUAGGAAAACAAAGCAAAACUGGAGUCAUUCUCUGUUUCAAAGAGUUAUGGUGGUUUCAGUGACCAUACGUCGUCGUUUUGUUCUUCUUCUACUUGCAUGCACUUGUUUGUUGUCUCGGAGACUCUGUUUUGGUGAGGACAGAAUCACUUUCUCAAGUCCUAUCAAAGACUCAGAGUCAGAGACCCUUCUAUGCAAAAGUGGUAUUUUCAGGUUUGGUUUCUUCACUCCUGUUAAUUCCACUACUCGGUUACGUUAUGUUGGGAUUUGGUACGAAAAGAUUCCAAUCCAAACUGUGGUUUGGGUUGCUAACAAAGACUCUCCCAUCAACGACACUUCCGGUGUUAUCUCGAUCUAUCAAGAUGGAAAUCUCGCGGUUACCGAUGGUCGAAAUCGCCUUGUAUGGUCGACGAAUGUCUCAGUACCAGUAGCUCCAAAUGCUACUUGGGUUCAGCUUAUGGAUUCUGGGAAUCUUAUGUUACAAGACAACAGAAACAAUGGUGAGAUUCUUUGGGAGAGUUUCAAGCAUCCUUAUGAUUCUUUCAUGCCAAGAAUGACUCUUGGCACCGACGGUAGAACUGGAGGUAACCUAAAGCUUACUUCUUGGACAAGCCACGAUGAUCCUUCAACAGGAAACUACACAGCUGGUAUUGCUCCUUUCACGUUUCCUGAGCUUCUUAUCUGGAAGAACAAUGUCCCAACGUGGCGUAGCGGACCGUGGAACGGUCAGGUUUUCAUCGGUUUACCGAAUAUGGAUUCACUUCUGUUUCUUGAUGGGUUUAAUCUUAACAGUGAUAAUCAAGGAACGAUCUCAAUGUCUUAUGCUAAUGAUUCGUUCAUGUAUCACUUUAACUUGGAUCCUGAAGGAAUUAUUUAUCAGAAAGAUUGGAGUACUUCUAUGAGAACUUGGAGGAUAGGUGUAAAGUUUCCAUACACAGACUGUGAUGCAUACGGUAGAUGUGGUCGAUUCGGGAGCUGCCAUGCCGGGGAAAACCCGCCUUGUAAAUGUGUUAAAGGGUUUGUUCCAAAGAAUAACACAGAGUGGAAUGGUGGUAAUUGGAGUAAUGGAUGUAUGAGAAAAGCUCCAUUGCAGUGUGAAAGACAGAGAAAUGUAAGUAAUGGUGGUGGUGGAGGAAAAGCAGAUGGUUUUUUGAAACUGCAGAAGAUGAAAGUACCAAUCUCUGCGGAACGGUCUGAAGCUAGUGAACAAGUUUGUCCUAAAGUAUGCUUAGAUAACUGUUCUUGCACAGCUUAUGCAUAUGAUAGAGGAAUUGGAUGCAUGCUUUGGAGUGGUGAUUUAGUUGAUAUGCAAUCAUUUUUGGGAAGUGGCAUUGAUCUUUUUAUUCGUGUUGCUCAUUCAGAACUCAAAACACAUAGCAAUCUAGCAGUUAUGAUCGCAGCACCUGUGAUAGGCGUUAUGUUAAUUGCUGCGGUCUGCGUUCUUUUAGCAUGCCGGAAAUACAAAAAGCGUCCAGCUCCAGCGAAAGAUAGAAGUGCAGAGCUAAUGUUUAAGAGAAUGGAAGCACUUACAAGUGAUAAUGAGUCUGCUUCUAACCAAAUCAAGCUCAAGGAGCUUCCACUCUUUGAGUUUCAAGUGUUAGCUACAUCAACUGAUAGCUUCUCUCUAAGAAACAAGCUCGGGCAAGGCGGGUUUGGUCCUGUUUACAAGGGAAAAUUACCUGAAGGACAAGAAAUUGCAGUGAAGAGGCUCUCACGGAAAUCAGGUCAAGGACUAGAGGAACUUAUGAACGAAGUGGUUGUGAUAUCUAAGUUGCAACAUCGGAAUCUAGUGAAGUUACUUGGAUGUUGUAUUGAAGGUGAAGAAAGAAUGUUAGUAUAUGAAUAUAUGCCAAAGAAAAGCUUGGAUGCAUAUCUUUUUGACCCAAUGAAGCAAAAGAUUCUUGAUUGGAAGACUCGGUUCAACAUAAUGGAAGGAAUUUGCAGAGGUCUUUUGUACCUUCACAGAGAUUCAAGACUAAAGAUCAUACACAGAGAUUUAAAAGCCAGCAACAUUUUGUUAGAUGAGAAUCUAAACCCCAAGAUAUCUGAUUUUGGACUUGCAAGAAUUUUCCGAGCGAAUGAAGAUGAAGCUAACACAAGAAGGGUUGUUGGAACAUACGGCUAUAUGUCACCGGAGUAUGCAAUGGAAGGUUUCUUUUCAGAAAAAUCAGAUGUUUUCAGCUUGGGGGUUAUAUUUCUCGAGAUCAUAAGUGGGAGAAGAAACUCUAGUUCUCACAAGGAAGAGAAUAAUCUCAACCUUUUGGCUUAUGUAAGUGUUACAAAGCAGUGUUUUUAGUAACUUAUGGUUAAUCAAGAUUCGAAACUUACCUUAAAGACUUGGUUUUUACAGGCUUGGAAGCUGUGGAACGACGGUGAGGCUGCUUCUCUAGCAGAUCCAGCCGUCUUUGAUAAGUGUUUCGAGAAAGAGAUAGAGAAAUGUGUUCAUAUUGGACUGUUAUGUGUGCAAGAAGUUGCAAACGAUAGACCAAAUGUUUCAAACGUGAUAUGGAUGCUAACUACCGAGAACAUGAGCCUCGCCGAUCCGAAGCAGCCAGCGUUUAUAGUAAGAAGAGGAGCUUCUGAGGCUGAAUCUUCUGACCAGAGUAGUCAAAAGGUAUCUAUCAAUGAUGUGAGCCUCACAGCUGUAACAGGACGUUAACCUCACCACCACGCCAAUCUCAGUCUGUUUAUAUACAUAAUAGUAUGUAAUAUACACGUUUUGAGAAACUCCUAUGUUUACAAAUUUUGUUAUCUGCGUCUGUGCAAUGGUUAGAUUACUGAAAUAAGAACAGAGAAGUUAUUUUCAGGUUUAUGAACUUUGUUGAAACUUGACCUAUUCUUACAUAUAAUCAGAUUUUUGGAAUUAACUAACCUGGAUGAAGAAACUGAACCUGAAGAAAACAGGACAAGAACAAAAAUCCGUUGUUCUUGAGAAAAAGCCACAGCACAUAGGUUUUGUCUUGAGAAGAAAGAAUUAAAACACAAUUAUUGGUUUUGUGUAUUGGUUGCUUUGCUAUAAGUAUAUGUAUAUUGGAACAAACUUGGAUAGGGG